AUGACUGAAACACAAGAAGAAAUAGCUGUGUCUGAAGAACCAGAUGUCAUUGCGAUCUCUGAAGAACAAGAAGAAAUAGCUGUCUCUGAAGAACCAGAGGCCAUUGCGAUCUCAGAAACACCAGAAGAAAUAGCUGUCUCUGAAGAACCAGAGGUCAUUGCAAUCUCUGAAACACAAGAAGAAAUUGCUAUCUCUGAAACACAAGAAGACAUUGCAAUCUCUGAAACACAAGAAGAAGUUGCUAUCUCUGAAACACAAGAAGAAAUUGCUAUCUCUGAGGAACUAGAUGGCAUUGUAAUCUCUGAAACACAAGAACAAGUAGCUGUCUCUGAAGAACCAGAGGCCAUUGCGAUCUCUGAAAUACAAGAAGAAAUAGCUGUCUCUGAAGAACCAGAGGUCAUUGCGAUCUCAGAAACACCAGAACAAAUAGCUGUCUCUGAAGAACCAGAGGUCAUUGCAAUCUCUGAAACACAAGAAGACAUUGCAAUCUCUGAGACACAAGAAGACUUUGCAAUCUCUGAAACACAAGAUAAAGUUACACUCUCUGAAACACAAGAAGAAAUAGCUGUCUCUAAGGAACUAGAUGGCAUUGUAAUCUCUGAAACACAAGAACAAGUACCUGUCUCUGAAGAACCAGAGGCCAUUGCGAUCUCGGAAAUGCCAGAAGAAAUAGCUGUCUCUGAAGAACCAGAGGUCAUUGCGAUCUCUGAAGAACAAGAAGAAAUAGCUGUCUCUGAAGAACCAGAGGCCAUUGCGAUCUCUGAAACACAAGAAGAAAUAGCUGUCUCUGAAGAACCAGAGGUCAUUGCGAUCUCUGAAGAACAAGAAGAAAUAGCUGUCUCUGAAGAACCAGAGACCAAUGCUAUCUCUGAAAGUCCAGAAGACAUUGAUAUCCCUGAAACACAAGAAGACUUUGCUAUAACUGAAGCAGAUAUUGAAGCAGCAGUUUCUAAAAUUGAGGGUGUGGUGUUACCCACAGAGGCACUGGAAUAUGAGUUUGAAAAGGAAGUAGACAUUGCUAUCUCUGAAACGUCAGACGAAAAGACCACCAUUGAAAAACAAGAAGAUAUUGCUAUCUCUGAAUCACAAGAAGACAUUGCAAUCUCUGAAACACAAGAAGACGUUUCUAUCUCUGAAACACAAGAAGAAGUUUCUAUCUCUGAAACACAAGAAGAAGUUACUAUCUCUGAAUCACAAAAAGACGUUGCAAUCUCUGAAACACCAGAAGAAAUAGCUGUCUCUGAAGAAGCAGAGGCCAUUGCUAUCUCUGAAACACAAGAAGACAUUGCUAUCUCUGAAACACAAGAAGACAUUGCUAUCUCUGAAACACAAGAAGAAGUUGCUAUCUCUGAAACACAAGAAGACAUUGCUAUCUCUGAAACACAAGAAGAAAUAGCUGUCUCUGAAGAACCAGAGGUCAUUGCAAUCUCUGAAGAACAAGAAGAAGGUAGCUGUCUCUGA